UUUAUGCUGUUGGCUGUAGUAACAACAGUCUUCACCAUAACCAGAUUUUUACCCAAUUUGUAGUUUUGUGUUCAUUUUUUGUUGUCUUUUUUCUUGUUUAUCCUUUCCAAUUGUGUUGCCAUUUUACAUCAAGUCAAGUUAAUCAACAAUCAACCAUUUUUUUCAUUCAGUUCAGUUUCAACUUGUUUUAAAUCUUCCAUUUGUUACUUUGAUUGUUUGCCAAUGAAAGAUUGAAGGAUGAGCAAAUUACCAAGUGAAAUGGUUAACCAUAAAGUUUGUGAUCUAUCAAACGAAAAGGCUGAUUCGAUUAAAUCGCCACCAACUAAGUCAAAUGGAUUAACUAAUGAUACUAAUGGAUCAACUGAUUCACCAUCAAAAUGGGAUCAACGGUUAACCAAAAAAGUCAAAAAAAUAAUCUGGAUUGUGACCGAAAACUCUUCUAAGAUUUACGAAUCAACUCCACCAAGGACAAUGAAGUACUUGGCUUUCAUCUCAUCAUUAAUCCUUUUCUUUGCGGUUCUUUCAUUGGUUCUGGCUCAACGAGAUGAAGCUGCGCAAUCAAAGUAUGGAAUGGCAUUCCCAAUUGACGAAUCAUCUUCAGCUGCUAAAGCCGAUGCUCGAGUUGCUGCUUCAUUGACAAUAGCAGCUACUGUUAAUGGUGUUCCUGGUGAAUCGGGUUCGCCUGGUGCUGAAGAAUCGUCUCGGGAAACAUCAACGGUUUUACCCUCGACAACAAGUGUUCCAGACGAAAAUGCAACCAAAUCUUCUGACUCGGAUGAUGAUUCAAGUAAAAGUGAAUCAAUCUCUGAUUUAUCUUCUGCUUUAUCUGGUUCAGAUGAUGAAGAGAAAGGAGAUUCUGGUGACCGAAAUCCUCGAAUUGUUUUCAUUGAACGCCUUAUGGGACUUCAUUUGUCUGCUCCUUUACGUUCUGCUUCUGGCUCAGAAGGAAGUUCAUUAUUUUCAUUGAACAACAAUGAUGCUGAUAAAGACUCUUCUGAAUCGGGUUCAGCUUCUUCAUCGGUACCAGCAGCCUCUGUGAAUGGUUCAUCAACAGGUUCAUCAACUGUUAACGGUAAAGAUAAAGAUAAAGAAGGCAAGAAUCCAUUGGAUAAAAUGAACGCCAAAUGGGCCAGUCGAAUGAGAAAAUUUACAAUUCCAAUUUCAUCCAGUCCAACCAAUCCAGAUUACGACUCAAGUGAUCCAAUUAAUCCUUUAUCUGAAGCUGGCCCAAAUCCAAUGCUUCGUUAUGCUGCUGCUGCCAUGAUGUCCCGAUUGAUUGCUGCUGCAGCUCGAGCUCAAAUGGAAGCUCAAGCCCGUGACGCCAUGACCAAUACUCUGAUUGUUCGAGCAGAAGGUAAAGACAAAGACGAAGAAUCAGACGAGGAAACUGUUCCUGUUAUUGUUGCCACAAUGAGAGAUGAAAGGAUGGCCGGACCAGGUCGGUUACAAGGCUUACCUCAACCACCCAUGUACGGUCGACCAAUGCCCACUGGAAGAGCCUCUUCAUUGAUUCGUUCACCUUUAACCCCCCAACAAACCAAUUCACUUCCAUCUUUCGCUCAUCACGCUCCUCCUCACCACUUGCACCAUCACCCACUUGCUUCAGCUAGAUCACUUGCUGGUGGUUUACCCUCAAUGAACCAUCGAACCUACAUGUCAUCCUCUUCCAUUCCACAUGGACCAACAUCGGCUUCUCAAAUUUCAGGUUCCACUCAACGAGGCCCAUUAGGACCAAUGACCAUCCAACGAAGAGGAGGUUCAUCUGGCUCUUCAGCUGCAGGCAGCAACCCAAAUGUUCAACCUGUUCUUGUGAUGCUUGCCGUUCCCGUUAAUUCAGGUGAAAAUGGGCGAUCAUCAAUGAAUGGACCAUCAAACUCAGCCAAUUAUCCAGGUUAUCAUGCAUCACCAUAUGGUCGAUCACAUGUCGGUCCAUUUUACCCAACAGUUCCUUACUCAGUUCCAUACAUGAGACCUUCUUACUCGCCCGCUCCUCAAGCUGCCUACACGGUUCCCGUUCACGUUCCAGUCCCAGUCUCCUAUGGUCCAGCUCAAGCUCCACCAGCAAACUACUACCCAGCUCAACGUCCAAUUUACCAUUAUCCAGUUCAACGGUCAAUGGCAACAGCUUACUCACAUCCAAGGCCCGUCAUUGAAGUUCCAGUUGAUGUUCCCUAUCAUGUUCCUGUCCAAGUUCCAGUAACAAUGAGAGCUUCAGUUGCUGCCCAUCCUCACCACGUUCCUCCUCCACAUCCACCACCACCACCACACCAUGCAUCAGGAAUGGCUUAUCAUCCUCACCCUGGCUUCGUCCAUCCAAUUUCACCCUCAGACCAAGAUCCAUCCGGUUCUGAUCAAGAUCAUAUUGUUUUACUUUAUGAUGCAGAGAUUCACAAUGGUGAAGGUGGACCUGGAUCAUCUGCCGAUGACAUGGACAAUUCAGCCUCUGAUGGAUCAAGGUCAUCAAGUGGACCUACUUUCAUUAUUAGCCGACCUCCAACUUCAUCAUCACCUUCAUCAGGCUCACAGUCAAUGGUGUCACCAAACAAGAUGAAACUUUUCCGUGAAUUGAUUGCCGCUAAACAGGCUGCUGCUGCCUCUCAACCUGGAGUCCGAUUCAUUCCAAUUACAGUUGGCAGUCAAGAAGAUCAAGCAUCCAAUUCACCUUCAUCUCCUUCACAACACUCUUCACCUGUACAUCAUCAACCAUCACCAAGUCACUCUUAUCCUCAUCAUUUUAUUGGCCAGCCCAAUGGACCAAGGGAACAAACUGCUGAAACUGUUCCUCAACCAGCAUUUAUUGUUCUUGCCGACCAAGAUGCUGAACAUUAAAAUGAUGAUGAAAGGAAGAAAAAUCAAGAUCUCUUCUCUCUUUCAUCUAACCCUUCCCAACUCUUUCUUUAUCUCAAUCUUUAACCUUUAAGUCGACAUUUGGUCCUACAACAUCAAAUGAACACACAAAAAAAUGAUUUUCAAAAAGUAAAAGUGUUUUUACAUCAAUGUACUUUUCCAACCUUCCAAUCAUAAUCAAUCGCCUUUCUAAUUCUGAUUACCUUCAUCGUCAUCAUCAUCAUCAUCUUUCCACCUCUCAACAUCCGUCCAAAGUCAACCCAUCAACAUAUCAAUGUAACGAUAUUACAAGCUUAGAUGAAUUAAGAUCAAUCGAAAGGCAAAUUCAUCUAUUAAUCAAAUCAAAAUUUGGAUAUUAAUUGAAUUAAUCUGUCCAUUUUAUUGAUAGUGAAACCUUAUUUCUCAUUUAGUCCAUUGUGAUGAAUAAUUAUUAAAAACAAAAACAAAACAUCUCAUAUCGAGCCUUGAAAAUCUUUCUGUAAUUGGAUAUAAAUCAAUGUCCAUGCUUAUGUUAAGUAUUGUGUUGGUUAAGGUAAAUACAAGCAACUCACCUUAAUGAUGCCAACUCUUGUCCAGCAUGGAAAAAAAGAGUGAAUUAGAAAAGGAUUAAUGUCAUUGAGAAGCCUCAUUAAUCCAAUAUGCAAGUCAUAACUCAAUCAUAUUUUUCAUCCGAUCAUCAACUUUAUCAAAAUACUUGAGCAUUUCAUCUUAUAAUAGCUUCACUUUCAUCUUAUUUUUCCUACAAAAAUCUCGUUCUUCUCGUGAAAUUCAUGGAUUCCGUUUUUAUUUAAUUGAUUCACAACAUAUGAUGUUGAUGUUGACAUGGAUUGAAUAAUUGCUAAUCAAAAACACUUUUCAAGUGAAUUAACGUUAUCCUUGGAUCCAAAUGCUUAAAAAAGCAAUACUUUUUUUUCAUCUACUAAUCAACUGUCAAAAGCAGACAAAAAUAGUUACAAUUUGAUACUUUGUUAAAAUUUAAUGGCAAACGCUAACCACAAUAUACAUUUUGAUUCCUUAUUAAUUGUUAAACUUAUUUUAAUUUUCUUUGCCUUUGUUGAAGAUUUACUAAUUAAGAUGAUGAAAAUUUAUCAAUAUUUUGUUGAUUUUAAAUUCUUUAAAUUAACUAAAAAA